GGGGAAGCUGAGCAGACGCCAGGCGCAGCCGGGAGCAUCGGAAGGUGAUCGCGCAAGUCGGACCGGUGGAUCGCAGCCUGUAGAUCGCGGCCCGGGCCUGGAGGACACCAGCAAGUGAAGGGGGUUCCUCUUCCUGAAGGAGGGGUCAUGGCCUUCUUGUUGACUACCCGACGGCUGGUCUGCAGUUCCCAGAAAAACCUCCACCUCUUCAUACCUGGAUCCAGAUACAUCAGCCAAGCCGCUGCCAAAGUUGACUUUGAGUUUGAUUAUGAUGGACCACUCAUGAAGACAGAAGUCCCAGGGCCUAGAUCUCAGGAGCUAAUGAAACAGCUGAACACAAUCCAGAAUGCAGAGGCCGUGCACUUUUUCUGCAACUACGAAGAGAGCCGAGGCAACUACCUCGUGGACGUGGAUGGCAACCGCAUGUUGGACCUGUAUUCUCAGAUCUCCUCUGUACCCAUAGGUUACAACCAUCCGGCUCUGGCGAAACUCGUUCAACAGCCUCAGAACGCGAGCACUUUCAUCAACAGACCUGCCCUGGGCAUCCUGCCUCCAGAGAACUUUGUGGACAAGCUCCGGGAGUCCUUGAUGUCGGUGGCGCCCAAAGGCAUGUGUCAGCUCAUCACGAUGGCCUGCGGGUCCUGCUCCAAUGAGAAUGCAUUCAAGACCAUCUUCAUGUGGUACCGGAGUAAAGAACGAGGUCAGAGAGGUUUCUCCAAAGAGGAGCUGGAGACCUGCAUGGUUAACCAGAGUCCUGGAUGCCCAGACUACAGCAUCCUCUCCUUCAUGGGUGCUUUCCACGGGAGGACCAUGGGUUGCUUAGCGACCACACACUCCAAAGCAAUUCACAAGAUUGACAUCCCUUCCUUUGACUGGCCCAUUGCUCCAUUCCCACGGCUGAAAUAUCCCCUGGAGGAGUUUGUAACGGACAACCAGCAAGAGGAGGCCCGCUGUCUAGAAGAGGUGGAGGAUCUAAUUGUGAAAUAUCGGAAAAAGAAGAGAACAGUGGCUGGGAUCAUCGUGGAGCCCAUCCAGUCCGAAGGUGGAGACAACCACGCGUCAGAUGACUUCUUCCGGAAGCUGAGAGACAUAGCCAGGAAGCAUGGCUGUGCCUUCCUGGUGGACGAGGUUCAGACUGGAGGAGGCUGUACAGGCAAGUUCUGGGCCCAUGAACACUGGGGCUUGGAUGACCCAGCCGACGUGAUGUCGUUCAGCAAGAAGAUGAUGACUGGGGGCUUCUUCCACAAGGAGGAGUUUCGACCAAGUGCUCCUUACCGGAUCUUCAACACCUGGCUGGGGGACCCAUCCAAGAACUUGCUGCUGGCUGAGGUCAUCAACAUCAUCAAGCGGGAAGACCUGCUCAACAACGUGGCCCAUGCAGGGAAGACCCUACUGACCGGGCUGCUGGACCUCCAGGCCCAGUACCCCCAGUUCAUCAGCCGGGUGAGGGGUCGAGGCACCUUCUGUUCCUUCGACACUCCCGACGAAGCCACACGGAAUAAACUCAUCCUAAUUGCCAGGAACAAAGGUGUGGUACUGGGGGGCUGCGGUGACAAAUCCAUACGUUUCCGUCCCACGCUGGUCUUCAGGGAUCACCACGCCCACUUGUUCCUCAACAUUUUCAGUGGUAUCUUAGCAGACUUCAAGUAAAGAAGCCAUCUCCACGACAUUCAGAGAAAGCUCUGUCCCAGCGGUGUCAACUUGAUUAGUUUGCCUAAUUCAUAUUUUCACUUCAAAGUUUAUCAGAGGCGAAUGCAUAAACUAAAGGGUCAUUUGUGGGGCAGGCUCAUUGGCGAGUGCGUGUGGAGGAUCGGGUGGGAGGACCAUGGUUUGAGGAAGGCCCUUCUCAGAGUUCACGGUGGCCAUUGGUUAAAGCCCAAAAGUUCUGUGUAAGCCUUGAACACUGUCUUAGGAAAGGCCAUGAGGCCGAAUUUCUGCCAACCCUGGACCAACCAGUCUCUUAGAAGCCACUCAAGGGCAUUACACUUGCUCUGAGGUGGGUGGGUCUCUGCCCACCUCAAGUACCCAGUCUUGGGAUCAGAGAUAAUGGCAUCCUCUUGUCCCUCACAAACAAAACUCACGUGGCUUCUCACUCCCAAAUCCCUACUCCAUACCCCACUCGUGACUUCUGAGGGUCUGGAUGGUUGUCAGGAAUAUGACAAGGUGGGGAGAUAAUGACUGUGUUUGGAGGCGUAGAGAGGCUUCCGGUAUCCUCAACACCAAGAUCCACUCAGCCCUGUGCCCAGUGAUGUCCCUGGCCUAUGAAUUCUGUCCUUGACUGGCCCGUGCUCCUGGAGGAUCUCUGAGUUGUGUCAGUGACAGACAGUUUAGUCACCAUUCCCCACCCUGUGUCAAGCUUGACUCAUGGAAAGGAGAUGACAUCCUGAGUAUCCCAGAGACUCAUGGGACCUGAAGUCGCCUCUGGAGCCUCCGCUGAGGAACACGGGCAGCAGAGACCCUUCGCGCCAUCUCCAGGGCCUCUGGCUUGUGACCCCCUCACCCUGGGAGCACCACAGUCCAUUUUUCACCCACCCACUUCUCUCCACUCCUGAGCAGGGCUAGUCCAUCCCAGAGGGCUACUGUAGGGACAAUGUGUUCAUUAUAAAGGCACAAGGACAACAACCA